AUGGCCCUGAGCUCUCGCACUGCCUUGGCGUUGCUCGUCCUCGCGGCGGUUGCCGCUGUCGCUUGCGCAUCGGAUGCGGACCCGCUCGUUGACUUCGUACUGUCCGGAGCCAAUGGGGCCCCAGUGACGGGCGCCAACUUCGCAUUUCGAGGGCUCAACAAUGUCAAUGUGACGUCAGGCCAGGGCAGCGCCGCCAAGUCUGCCAACGCCGCAACGUUCCCUGCUUUGACGUCCCAGGGCAUCUCUUACACUUUCGUCAACUAUGCGCCGUGCGGCCAGAACCCGAUCCACACCCAUCCUCGCGCAACGGAGAUUCUGUAUGUCAUCGAAGGCCAGCUGUACGUCGGCUUCGUUGACACCAACAACACUCUGUUCUCGACGACCCUGAACGUGGGCGACGCGUUCGUCUUCCCCCGCGGUCUGAUCCACUUCCAGCAGAACACCAACUCGAACAGCGGAGCCAGGGCGCUUGCUGCGCUCAACAGCCAGAACCCGGGAACCCAGAGGAUUGGGAGCGCAAUCUUCCUGCCUUCCGGCAUCCCCACCAGCAUCUCCCAGGUCGCGUUCAAUGCGCAGGCGUCCGCCAUCGAAGCCAUCAAGCAGAACUUUCCUGCGUCCGGGAACGCGGUCGGUACCGCCAACACGGGGUGCGGACCUUCCGUGACGUACCCGUAUGGCAGGAAGAUGCUGUGA